AUGACUUCUCCUUCUCCUGAAAGUCGUUCCAGUACCUCUGACGGAGACGAUCGUCCCAAGAAGAAGCGCAAGAUCUCUGAGCCAAAGCCCCGAACAACCGAGUACCUCGAUCUGUCUACGCCGCAGCUGAGCCCAGACCACCAACCACAGCUUGACAGGCUUCUCGAUGUACUCACUAAGAAACGGAAAAUUGUUGUCAUUGCAGGCGCUGGCAUCUCUGUAUCUGCCGGAAUUCCGGAUUUUCGCUCUUCCGAAGGCCUUUUCAAGACGUUACGAGGCAAGCAUGGGCUCAAGUCUUCUGGCAAAGAACUGUUCGAUGCUUCAGUAUACCAAGAUGAGAGUUCCACCGCCACCUUUCACGCCAUGGUUCGCGAGCUCUCCGAAAAAACGAAAAAAGCCGAACCGACACCAUUCCACCAUCUUCUCGCCACGCUAGCCCAGGAGGGUCGCCUGUUGCGGCUUUACUCCCAGAACGUGGACGGUAUUGACACAAGAAUAGAACCCUUGGCAACUAACGUACCUCUCAUCAAGCCCUGGCCAAAGACUAUCCAGGUCCAUGGUGGUCUGGAUCACAUGGUUUGUUCAAAGUGCCACAAAGUCUCAGAUUUUGAACCAAGUCUUUUCAAGGACGCCAUUCCGCCGCUCUGUAGAGACUGUGAGGAGAUUGACAGUGUACGAACCUCUCACGCGGGCAAACGAAGUCAUGGCAUUGGCAAGCUUCGGCCGCGCAUGGUACUAUACAAUGAACAUAAUCCUGAUGCUGAAGCUAUUGGAUCAGUGACGCAAGCGGACCUACGUGCCCGACCGGAUGCGCUCAUUGUCGCUGGUACUACCCUGAAAGUGCCAGGUGUCAGAAGAAUCGCACGUGAGAUGUGCAAUGUCGUCCGCGAUCGGAGAGAUGGGACUACCAUAUGGAUCAAUAACGACCCAGAGCCUUCAGGAAAAGAUUUAGAGAAUCUCUGGGAUUUGGUCGUCAAAGGCCCUUGUGAUGAGGUAGCUGCG